GGUGCAAUUAUUUAUUUUUUUUAUUUCUAUUGGCUUAAAAUUGCUGUGACGUUUAUAUCAUUAUAAUGAAAAUUUUUGGAAAAAUGGUGUAAUGAAUUUAUGAUUUGAAAAAAUAAUAAUUAUACAUAAGCGACGAGAGUUGUGGUUUUGUGAUUACGGUUUCCUGGAUCAUAACUGCAAUAAUUUUUAAAAAUGGAUGUAGAUAAUGCUACAUCUGAAGGACCAGUACCAGGGAGUGGAAAUAUAGAUAUAGAACAAUCUUUUCUUCAACAGUUUAGUUGCAUGGGUACCACAGAUAAAGAGGAAUUGGUUCAACAGUUACAAAAACUGCUUGGUAGUCAACUCAACUACUCUACGGCCGUUUUUUUCUUAGACAUGAAUAAUUGGAAUCUGCAAGCAGCUGUAUGUUCUUACCUCGAUUUUGAGUCUCCUAAUCCUCUUCCAUCUAUGAAAAUGGUUUCUGAUCCAGUAGCAAAUGAAAAUGAGAACAUAGAACCUAAUGUUAGAUUUAAAAAAACUUGGCACAUAUUUAACAGUGGAACAGAAAAAUGGCCUCCAAAAUGCUAUGCACAAUGUUCUGAUGGAUGGAAUUUAGGAGGUGAAACAGUUCCAGUUCCUGCAUUAGAUCCAGGUGAAGGAGUUCGUCUUUCUGUAGAUAUGGUUAGUCCACCAAUACCUGGAAUCUACCAAAGCAAAUGGAGACUGUGUACACCGAAAGGAUCCUAUUUUGGUGAUCAUAUGUGGGUGAUAGUGACUGUUGUAGAAGAAGGUACCAUCGCUUUGACGAAUCAACUCUCUCAUUUUAAUGAAUUAGGAUCGCCACCACCUUCCGCAAAUACCUAUAAUCCAUUUUCUCCUCAUCAGAUUCAUAUAGGAAAUAAUCAAGUGAGAUUUUAUUUAUUGUACAUAUUUACAUACCACAAAAAAAUUUGAUAGUUAUAAGUGAUGUGGAUUCAUAACUACUUUUUCACAUGGUACUGUUCUAGUACAGAUAAAAAAUUAAAAAUACAGUCGACAUGAGGUAAUAAAAAAAACAUUUUGCAAGGUGUUGUCAAAUUAUCGAAUUUAUUGGAUUACAAAGUACUGCCAAGGCCCUUCUCUAGUUUAUGCAACUUUUUGGAAAAACGUACCAUGUAGAAUCGAUUCACAGAACAACUCGACUGUACCUAGAAACAUGUCAGAUGCAGUAGUGAUGUAUUCGACAUUGACUGGAUGACUGGUCGAUUAUAGAUACUAGUUUGAGUGCCCCAAUAAAAAAAAAUGAUAAAUUUUUUAUUUUGAGAGAUUUUGUUUAAGAGAAAAUAACCACUGUAUAAAAAAUGCCACAGCCCUUUUUUAGUUAUAAAUAUUUGGAAAAGCGUACCAUGUAGGUUCGAUUCAGAGCUCAACUCAACUGUACCUAUAAACAUGUCAGAUGCAGUAGUGAUAGAUUUGACAGACACCAGGUGACUGGUCGAUUGUAAAUGAAAUAUACUUUAUCAAGCUUGUAUUUUGAGUGAUUUUGUUUAAGAGAAAAUAACCACUUUAUGAAAACUGCUAAAAAUUUUUUUUUACUUAGGACGUUGCACCACCAGACGGGAAAGAUUCAUCGAUGCUCUAGUACCUGCCUUAGAUUACUUAAUCAGUGCCACUGUUGAAAGGGAGUGCAUUUUAUGAUAUGAAUAAUAAAAAAACAUAUUUUGUGAAGGAAUAAAAGUUUGUUGAAUGAUGAGUGAUACAAUGUAUAACUAGAAAAUAGAUUAAUUUUUUAAAAUAUGUAACUUAUGUAAAAUGGCAAUCAAAUAUGAUUUUUCUUUUGGGUUUUCUUUAUUUCGAUAAAUAUUUUAAAAAUAUUACUAAGUGUAUAUUAUUUCUACAAUAUCAUGUGUGUACUUACCAAAAUUAGUGUUAUUAUCAAUUUAUAUAGGGUGUCCUGAUGAGUAUUGAUAAACUUGUAUUUUGAUAUUUUAGGUAAGGUUGCUGUUGUUUUUCAAUCCAAAUAUUAUAUAGUUAAUUGCUUUUUUAUAAAAAUAGCAAUUGCUUUGAGAUACAUUGUGCCAUAUAUUAGAAAACUAGAAAUUAGAAAAUUAUUUCAAAAUACUUACUGUGGAUAGAGUUUGUUAUAAGAAUGUUUUUCUAAAGUAAGAAAUAGUCCGUAUAUGGCAUUUGUUACACUUUAUGAAUCAUAUAGUAAAUUAGGUAUGCCUCUAUUAUUUAAACCUCUACAAUUGUUUUCUUUGAGUUAGAAAACUCAUGAGCUACUUAUUCUAUUCCUGUAUAUUAUUUAGAAUCUUAAUUAGCUGUGACUGUUUUUUUCCCUAGCUCAAGUUAAAUUUUUCUUUUUUGGUUCUUUCUCUGUCCAAGUAUUUAUUAUAUUUUGGUCUUCCGAUAAGUAAUAUCAAUAUUAUUUUUAAAAAUUUUCAGGACACUCUAUAUUACCAUAUUCCAUAGUUACAACACACAUUUUAUGAAACUAAUGUUACAAAUUAUCCUAAUUAGUUUUAAACAUUCGAUUUUUAUGACAGUUUCAAAAGCUUCAUUAAACUCUAAAAUUCAAAA